ACCGAGGAUUCCACAGGGUCUACCAGAGUCUUGGCAAGGGGCACAUUUACGAGGGGAUAAUGUGGUAGGAGCUCAUGGUGUUGGACUUGGCGGCCUCUUGUGGAGUUCCAAGCAGGUACACGAUGGACGUCAACUGUCAGCUGUUAUAACCACCUUGAAUCUCAAAGCGAUUCCCGGACUUCGACUACAUGUACAGCGACCUGUCCACCCCACACCAACACCAUGCGAGGCUGGCUGCGGGGCUGUCGCAGGCAACUUCCCCGCCAUGGACCCCCGGAGCACAACCACCUCAGCGUUGGUGAGUUAUCCCGGGACCCCGAUUGUUCGUAGCAUGUCGCGUCCGGAAUGGUGUCCAAUCCUGGAAGCUCUGUCGGCCUCCUCGACGAUGAAGUCGCAAUUGCCGACCUCGCGUCGUCCUCGACGCUGUGCGACGCCUGUCGAGCCAUUUUCAGCGCCGGCCCUAAGCCUCAGCCCUCCUUCGACUCCCCGAGCUGCUUCGUUCAUCACCGCUCUGGCGGCCUGGCAUCCGCGGCCGAAAGCGGCUGCGUUAUCUGCAAACAGCUCGCACCAGCCGGAGCCGGCCGCGACCAGGGUCCACCCGAGACGCAAGACGAAGAAGUGACGCAUUGGGAGCUGGGGCAUUGCGAGCUGUGGAGGGGGAGGGGGGGUUCGGUCCCAGCAAUCCCAAAUAGCACGAACGAGGACUUAUUUAUGGUCAGCAUAUUUUCGCCUGCUGGAAUUGGGAAACUACAGCGUGAAGUUCGUCGCAGAUUGUCCUUUGUAAUCGCCCCGUGUAAGUUGGGUUCUGUCUUCCCGAACCACGAACUUGGGCCUUGUGGUGGUGCUAUGCUUUACCUGUGGAUCGAUUCGCUCUACAUCUACCAGGACUCGAAGGCUGACUGGGAGCGCGAGGCCGGCAUGAUGGGCGACAUAUACGGCGGCGCCCUGAUCAACAUCGCGGCGACAGACGCCGGCGCCGGCUGCGAGCGGAUGAUACCGCGCGAGCGGCGCGCACAGCCCCUCCUGCCGGUUAUUUCCUCCCCCGGCAACGCCAUGCUCCCGGAGCGUGGGGCCGCUGUACUGCAUCCGCACAAGGCCUUCUUCUUCCAGGUGUUGGAGUCGAUGCUGAUGGGGAGAGGCUGGGUGCAUCAGGAGGUGUGCAUCGCCCCGGCGACGCUUUACAUGACCGCGACGCAGGCGUGGUGGCGCUGCAGCGCAACCACGUGCAGCGAGACGUACCCAGAUGGCAUCCCGUUGCUUCUGGAGCCGCCCCUGGAGAUGGAUCACCUCAGCCUUCUCCGCCCGGGCGCAACUGGAGAGGCACCAACCAACGGCGGCCCUGGAACAGCAACAAUAGAUCCGGACCAGCGAGGCCUGAGCUUCAUAGACUAUCCGCCCAUCAACGGCCCGCAGCGCGACCGCCUCGCGCACCUGGCGACCCCGCCGCCGAUCGGCGAGCUCGACAUGUUCGGCUGGCCCCUGACGGCCGAGGACGCCACGCUGCACCUCCGGGGGGUUCUGCUGCCCCUUUUCGCAAUGCCUCACUUCUUCAACCGCCUCGGCUUCCAGGCCUGGCCCCGCCCCUUGGGAGAUGGUCCCCUGCCGAGCAACGGCAGGCGGCACGGCGUCUGGGCCAUAUUCGACGACGCGCAGGAGCUCGCGGAGGUCAAGGAGGAGGUGGAACGCACCCCGGGCGGCGGAGACGAGCCCCUGCGCGGGCUGUUCUUCCUGGUGACCGAAUAUGCCGACAAGAGGUUUGCGAGCCUCCAUGGCCUGGUCCUGCGAGAGCGGUUUCUGCCAGGCUGCGACGGCAGCACAACCGGACGACGACGCAUAUUUCCGCGCGCCGGAGUCUUCUUCCCGAACCAGUGCUGCGGGUACCCGGAGGAGGACCCGCUGCGCGACGCUACGGCCGUGUUUGACGACUUCCAGAUGGCGAGAUAUGGCAGGGCGGCGCUAGAGGCGGUGGAGCUGCGUCCGGAACACCGCGCGCUGGCCGACGCGGAGGCAACGCUAGACGACAUCUAUCUGUGCUGAGGUGCACAUGUGCCGCUUACAUGGGGUUUGGAGCUUGGGUAUACAUACAUGAACGUGCCCUGUACACGGGGUGUAUUACAUACCAUCAUGGCUAAAAUUGGUAUUUUGCGGAUCCCUAAAGGUGGUAGGUGCGCUGCCUAGAUCUCGCCAGUCCCUUCGGUAUAUUCCAGUGGGCAUGUCGUAUGUACUAGUCGUUGUUGGGUUUGCCCAGUAAGUACCUCCUAGUCAGGUUACUUAUUAGCCAUUGCAAUACAAAGUUACAACCCA